AUUAUAUCGAUUAUUUCUGGCGGUCACACUGGCGCGCGACGACGCUGCUGAAGAACUGCAAAAUUAUUAUUUAUUUACCUCACGCGAAACCGAGUGAAUUCCGCUGCACAAAAGUGCUUCGAUGUGGUGAAAACGUAGUUAAGUUAUUAUUUAUUGUUGCUGCACAGCUGGCAGCCGUAAAAAAGCUCGUCGGUGAAUUCAACUCGAAUUAGUGUGAGUGCCUAAGUGCGAAAGUGUUGGUGUGUCGCCUGCGAAAAAUCGAAGUUAUUGCAUUGCGCAGCCCUUUAAAACCGCUACCACUGGCCAGCUGUCCGCCCCCACAGCCCCUGCCACGCCCCCCGCUGCUCGGCGGUACUUGGAUCUUAAUUCUGAUGAAUGUUGGUUGAGACAACUGCUUGCGACAGAGACCACUGAGGAGAAUCCACUGCUCAGACCAAAUCGGGUUGAGUUCUGAGCACCACACACAAUGGCCGAGGACACCGAGUACAAGAAGCUGCCGGUGGAGGAGCGAUGUGUGCACAAACUAUGGAAAGCCCGCGUCGACGGCUAUGAGGAGGCCGCUAAGAUCUUCCGCGAGCUAGACGACGAGAAGUCGCCGGAGUGGUCCAAGUUUGCGGGCCUCAUCAAGAAGAUGGUGGUGGACUCCAAUGCACUGGCCCAGGAGAAGGGCCUGGAGGCGGCCCUCAUCUUUGUGGAGAACAGCGGCCUUGCCGGACGCACUGUAGGCGAUGUGAUGACCGGCAUUGUCCAGAAGUGCAUUGCCGCGCCCAAGACAAAGACCAAGGAGCUCUCCGUCCAGGUGGCACUCAUGUACGUAGAGAUCGAGAAGCAAGAUGCCGUCGUCGAGGAACUGAUCAAGGGCAUGGAGGCCAAGAACCCUAAGAUUGUGUCCGCCUGUGUGGCGGCCACUACGCUGGCUCUUCGGGAGUUCGGACACAAAGUGGUCGGCGUAAAACCGCUGAUUAAAAAGCUGGCCCCACUGAUGUCUGAUCGAGAUAAAGCGGUCCGAGAUGAAGGCAAACAGCUGGCAGUUGAGAUCUUCCGCUGGAUCGGAGCCGCCAUGAAGGCACAGAUCUCAACGUUGCCCCAGGUAACGCUCAAAGAGCUGGAGGAUGAGUUUGACAAGCUCAAAGGCGAACGCGUCGAGCCUUCCAGAUAUCUUAAAUCACAGCAAGAAAAGCAGGCAAAAAUCGCAGACGCAGCCGCCAUCGAAGAUGCCUAUAAUGAAGAGGAUGGUGAGGCUGGCGUCGAAGAAAUCGACCCCAUGGAUCUUCUUGAUCCCGUAGACAUACUCUCCAAGAUGCCCAAGGACUUCUAUGACAAGCUGGAGGAGAAAAAGUGGACACUGCGCAAGGAAUCGCUGGAAGUCCUGGAGAAGUUGCUUACUGACCAUCCAAAGCUUGAGAACGGGGAGUACGGAACGGUAGUGAGCGCCCUGAAAAAAGUGAUAACCAAGGAUUCCAACGUAGUCCUUGUGGCCAUGGCCGGAAAAUGCCUGGCUCUAUUGGCAAAAGGAUUGGCAAAGCGAUUCUCUAACUACGCAUCGGCUUGUGUGCCAUCCCUUUUGGAGAAAUUUAAGGAGAAGAAACCUAAUGUUGUGACAGCCCUUCGAGAGGCAAUCGAUGCCAUCUACGCAUCCACUUCACUGGAGGCCCAGCAAGAGUCGAUUGUGGAGUCGCUUGCCAACAAGAACCCGAGUGUUAAAUCCGAGACGGCCUUGUUCUUGGCCCGUGCCCUGACCCGCACCCAGCCAACCGCUCUAAACAAGAAGCUGCUCAAGCUUCUGACCACCAGUCUGGUGAAAACGCUUAACGAGCCGGAUCCAACGGUCCGCGACAGCAGCGCCGAAGCCCUGGGCACUCUCAUGAAACUGAUGGGUGAUAAGGCGGUGACUCCACUGCUAGCCGACGUCGAUCCCCUCAAGAUGGUCAAGAUUAAGGAGUGCCACGAUAAGGCGGAGAUAAAGAUAAAGGUUGCUGGUCCGAAGAAGGAGGCGCGACCUGCAUCAGCACCGGCUGCGAAAGCCUCUGCUCCUGCCAAGACCACGGCGGGAAGUGUGGAUCCCAAGCCAGUGUCCCGACCGGCCACUACAGGGGCUCGCAAGGUCCUGAAGAAGCCCACGGCAGGCUCAGGGGGUGGAGCUGCAUCUGCCCCAGCUGCGAGUUCUAAGGCGGCUGGAAAAGCCCUAGCCACGGAACGUGAAUUAACGCCCGAAGAUUUGCAGGAAAAGGCCGAUGAAAUUUUGCCAGCCGACAUACUUAACGGAUUGGUGGAUUCCAACUGGAAGAAUCGCCUGGCCGCUGUGGAGCAGCUCCUAGGCGAAAUCACCGGCUUCGAUGCAAAACAGGCGGGCAUCUCACAGAUCCUGAUCCGAACAAUCAGCGGCCGCAAGCCCGGCCUUAAAGAAAUGAACUUCCAGGUACUCAAGUUUAAGCUGGACAUAAUCCGCAGCGUGGCCGAGAACUAUCCGCUGACCACGACAACCGUGGAUCUGGUGGUCAACGAAAUAACCGAAAAGUUAGCUGACGCCAAGAAUGGAGCAACUGCCGCUGAUGUUCUGUCCGCUUUUGCUGAAGCCACUAAACUGGAAUACAUCGUUGGCAAAGUGCUGAGCUUUGCCUUCGAGCAAAAGUCACCGAAAGUGCAAUCGGAGGCCUUCAAUUGGGUGGGCAAAUCCAUCACAGAGUUCGGCUUCCAACUGCAGCCAAAGACUUUAAUCGAGGAUGUACGUAAGGGAGUGCAGAGCACCAAUCCAACAGUUCGUGCUGCUGCCAUCCAACUCGUGGGCACCAUGUCCAUGUAUAUGGGCAAUGCUCUGAUGAUGUUCUUCGACAGCGAAAAGCCCGCCCUGAAGUCCCAGAUCCAGGUCGAGUUUGACAAGAACGUGGGUGAAAAACCGCCAAAGCCUGUUAGAGGAGUCCAACGUAGCAGCGGCGGAGCAACCAGUAGUUCGCCGGACAAUGAGGACGACGAUGGUGGAGCAGCCGGAGAGGAGGAGCCAAUCAACAUGGCUGAUCUUCUACCCCGCGUUGACAUUGCGCCGCAGAUUACGGAGGCCCUGCUCAAGGAAAUGUCGGACAAGGAUUGGAAGACUCGGAACGAGGGACUGACUAAGCUGCAGGCUAUAAUAUCGGAGGCGCGGCUGAUCAAGCCCAGCAUCGGAGACUUAGCUCCUGCUCUGGCCCACCGCCUGGUCGACUCCAAUGCCAAGAUUGCCCAGACGACACUGGCCAUUUGCGAGCAGCUUGCCACGGCCAUGGGCGCUGGCUGUCGCAACCAUGUGCGCACCCUGUUCCCUGGAUUCUUACACGCCCUGGGGGAUAACAAGAGUUUCGUGCGGGCCGCCGCCCUCAACUGCAUCAAUAGUUUUGGCGAGAAGGGUGGCUACAAGGAGUUCUUCGAGAGCGAAAUGAUUGCGGAUGCCCUCAAGGGCGGAUCACCAGCUCUGAAGACCGAACUGUGGGCUUGGCUGGCAGACAAGCUGCCAGGCCUUCCCCCCAAGUCGGUGUCGAAGGAGGAUCUGCAUUCAAUGGUGCCUCAUCUUUACGCCCACAUCUGCGACCGAAAUGCCGAAGUACGCAAAAACGCCAACGAGGCAGUACUGGGAAUCAUGAUCCACCUCGGAUUUGAUGCUUUGAAUCGAGCCCUGGACAAGCAGAAGCCCGCCUAAAAAGAUAUAUAUGCGGCUUUAGAGAAGGCGCGCCCCAAUCUCCCGGUAAAACCGCUGCCCAAGGGCAAGCAGCAGGCUCCGAUACCGGAGGAGCCGAAGGCAAAGACAGUGCGUGGCGGCGGUGCUGGCGGGGCAGCUGGUGUCCAGAAGAGUGCCUCCGCCAGGGCUGCCGGAGGGCAGGACAAAUUGCCGGCACCUGCGCGAAAGAAGGACGAGGAUAUCGACCUUUCGCCGCUCCUGACUGCUAACAACUCCAAGAACCAGCGACUGCUGGACGAGCAGAAAAUGAAGGUGCUCAAAUGGACCUUCGUAACACCACGCGAGGAAUUUACCGAUUUGCUACGCGACCAGAUGAUGACGGCCAAUGUAAACAAGGCGCUGAUAGCCAACAUGUUCCACGACGAUUUUCGCUAUCACUUGAAAGUCAUCGAGCAGUUAAGCGAAGAUCUGGCUGGCAACAGCAAGGCACUGGUGUGCAAUCUGGACCUGAUCCUCAAAUGGCUGACGCUGCGCUUCUAUGAUACGAACCCUUCUGUGCUGAUUAAGGGUCUCGAAUAUCUGGUGCAGGUCUUCCAGAUGCUCAUUGACCAGGAAUACAUUCUGGCCGAAAACGAGGGCAGUUGCUUUGUGCCCCAUCUGCUUUUGAAGAUCGGAGAUCCCAAGGAUGCAGUCCGAAAUGGCGUACGUCGCGUCCUGCGGCAAGUUAUCUUGGUGUUUCCCUACGUCAAGGUUUUUGCUUAUGUGAUGGAGGGUCUUAAGUCUAAGAACGCCCGUCAGCGAACCGAGUGCCUGGACGAACUAUCCUUUCUGAUUGAGACCUACGGCAUGAGCAUCGCCCCCCAGGCGGCAGUCCGGGAGAUUGCCCGCCAGAUCUCCGACCGAGAUAAUUCUGUGCGCAACGCAGCUCUCAACUGCAUCGUGCAGGUGUUCUUCUUGUCCGGCGAGAAGACUUACAAGAUGAUUGGCCAUCUCAACGAGAAGGAUCUGUCCAUGCUCGACGAGCGCAUCAAACGGGCCAAGAAGACGAAGAAGCCAACGCCUCCGGCCUCUGUCGAUAUGCCCGCCAGCGGCAGGCCCACCACAACUCAGCGACAAGACAGCAUCGAGAUCGAAGAUGCAGAGGUGGGCAACGGUUGCGACGAGCUGCCGCCACCCGACGAGGAGGGUUUGCAGCGGCAGUUAAAUGCGCGUGGGCAGAGCAACCUGACGGAGCGGAGUGCCACCAAUGUGGUUGCCUACUUGAACUCCCUGACUCGACAGGCAACCUUUGACCAGGCGCCAUCGUCGCAGCUGCUUCUACUUCAGCAGCAAUUGCAACAGCUGCAGCAGCAGGCCCAGCAACAGAAGCCAAGCGGUCCCUUCGGCCUAGACUCGCAGGUAAUAAGCGACAUCGAAAAAGACUGGGUCCGCGUGGACCAAAUGGAACAGAAGCCACUGCUGAAUGUGGACAUCUCGUCGCUGGACGAGCCCAUUAGGGUGAGGCCGACUCGCGCCGGUGUUCACUAUCCACAGGAGAAGUUCGAUCGCCUGAUUUCGCGGCAGCACUACAUGCAGCAGACCCUGACCACGUCUCCGUCGUCCACCGGCGGCAUGACAAGUGGCAUCUCGCCCUACCGCAGUCCCAUGCGUCUGCAGCACCAGCAGGUGCCCCAGCAACUGGAGAAUAACAUACCAAACUUGGCCGAUGUUCUGCCCAAGCACGAUCCGCACCUGAUCAAGGUGAUUAAGGGGGUUAGCAGCACGGACACGCUGAAGGCUCGCGCCUCUAUUAACGAGCUGGGCGCCAUCAUCGAGGUUCCCGAGAAGCAGGCCGUGAUGCGUGACUACGAGGAAAUAUUUAUUCAGAAUGUGCUGGCACAGUUCAAGAAUCUCUCACAGAUACCAUCGGCUCAAUCCGUGGUCGUAUACCAGCCGCUACUAUCCAUUCUGUAUACAUUUUUCCAUGCCAACAUUCUGGGCAAAACGCUGAGCGUGGCCUGCAUUAAAAAUCUUAUGUCGGCGCUGCUAAACCUGAUGGCCGAUCCCAAGUUGGCCGUGGGCGAUGACAGUCAGUAUAAUAAGGUUAUAAAUGGCAUUUGCCUCAAAGUGUUGGAUAAGGUCGAUUUUACAAAUUUAAACUGUGCUUUGAUACGUCUGCUGCGCGAGACUUGCCCUGAGGCCAAGCUACCCAAGUUCACAGAUCUGCUGAUGAAGUGCAUCUGGCGAAACGUUAAGAUGUUGCCAGAGCGCAGCAACGAGCUGAACUACGACGCCGUCAUUAUGGAGGUGCACGAGUUUAUGCUGGCCUUGCCCAGUACCUGGUGGCAGAAUCGACCGUCGGACACUCCGAUGCGAACGAUCAAGACCAUUCUGCACAACAUGGCAAAGGUUAAGGGUAACGCCAUUCUGCAGCACCUCAACCAGAUUCCCACACACUCGGAGCUGCACACGUAUUUAAUACGCAUCCUCAAGAAUUUCCAGAAGGAUGGCUCUGCAGCAGUAAUUGGAGCAUCGCCCCAGAGAGCCAAGGAGAUUGCCGCCAAGCGUAUUUCGCACCAAACCCACGACACAGUAUCGCAGAUCUUUAAGCUUAUCUCGGAUAGGGAUACCAAGCAGCAAGGUCUGCAAAAGCUUUACGAGUUUAAGCAACAACACCCAGAUAUUGAUCUGAGCACCUUCCUCCAGGGCUCAAGUGCCACUUUCCACAAGUACAUCGACGAGGGUCUGGCCGAGAUCGAGCGCAACCAGAACGCCGGCUCUGCACAGGCGCCGGACAAUCGCACGGAUGUCAACCACCAGAACAGCGCGCAUGAUGCCGAUUUCUGGAUGGACCGCCUGCAGUAUCACUUGUCCGGCGGAGGCGGGGCCGGCAAACUGGCCUCCGCCCGUUCAGCAGACGAUGGAUCUCACAUGCUGGACAACAAGGUGGUGGACGAGAAUCUCUGCCUGAACGGCAUGAACUCACAGAAGGCGUCGCUUAUCAAGCGAGAUAAGCGGGACAUGUCGCCUAAUCGCUUGCAGCAUCUCCAGGCAAAGCUAGCCCAGAUCAAGAAGGAGAAUCAUGCCCAAUAAGCUGUGCGUUUCCCGUAGCUGGCAAUCCUUAGCUACAAACGGCGGCAGCUAACCAAUUAUACAGAAUCAGAGACACACUGAAAACACACUGAUCGAGCCAGGCCUCGUUAACUACAUGAAUCAUUUUUUAUUUAACAUAGUUAUAUGCUUACAAGUCGGCACAUAUAUAUAUCCACGGUAAUAAUGUGUGGUAACAGCAGCUAGCAGUGGGUGUCAAAAGCAGGUUAACAACAGUAACAAUAAUUAACAGAUAACACUAUUACUAUGUCUCCUUCAACAAUGUAUUGUACUUGUACUAAUAACAAUUGAUCGGUCUAUGUAUUAGCACUGAGUUGUGUUCCGUAUGCGAUUCAAUUCGAUUUGAUUUGAUUCGAUUGGCUAAGUUGAGAUUGAAGUGGCGAUUGUGACCGAGAGAGACCGGGUUCCAGUAGACAGCUUGUUAGUUUAUGUAUGCCAACGCUAUUUCGUUUAAACUAUCAGUGAAAGCAGUAGCAUGUUAAAGGUUUGUGUACACUUGAAAGGUCAUUGUCAUUGUUUUGCAUCACGCGCCCACUAGAAUCGAUUCUUGUUAUUAUGUAUGUCUGGUUAUGUUUUCAACACUCUCAACACGCCUCAAAUUGUUUCAAGCCAAGCGUUGGGCUUAGUGCGCGCCAAAAAGCUCCUAAUUUAUACUCGUAUUAGCUAACCGUAGUUUUUUACCAACUAGCAGUUACCCCCUAACCAUUGUUUAGUUUAAGGCCCUUUCAGUUUUACCCGCACACAACACACACUCACACUGAUUUCGAUGCCGCAAGCACGCAGUACACGCAGGAUAACACACACAAAACACACACACACACACACAGUAGACACGCAGCGUAUUUUUGUAACAUCCUCAUGAACUAUAUGCGAAAAUAAAUGUUAUAUUUAUAAAUCGGCUAA